AUGGUGAAAGGCUUCUCUUUCUCACUUGCACUGUUACUCACCUUGUUCUUCAUCACCACCCCCUCAACCCUAUGUCAAAAACUCUCCCCCGUUCAAACUCCACUAUCCUCCCCUCCAACCACCGCAACACCACCGCAAGGGAUGAACACGGUUCCCCUUGUACCCGUGUCACCCGCGGCUGCUCCUAUCUCCGCCACCCCGAAAACCCCCACCAUCGACAUUUCCCAAAUCCUUGCCAAGGCGAAGAGAUUUUCCGUCCUCACCCGUUUGCUGAAAACCACGCAACUCAUCAACCAACUCAACUCGCAACUCAUCACAUCAUCCUCUGGAGGAUUGACCCUUUUCGCCCCCGAAGACAGUGCCUUCUCCAACCUAAAACCUGGCUUCCUCAACUCUCUUAAUGAUCGACAAAAGGUGGAGCUUCUUCAGUUCCACACUCUCUCUUCUUUCAUCUCUAUCUCCAACUUCGACACCCUCACCAACCCGGUUCAGACUCAAGCCGGCGAUGACUCCCAGAGGCUCCAACUCAACGUCACCACUUACGCCGGUAACCGCGUCACCAUGGACACCGGCGCCAUUAACGCCACCGUUACUGGUACUGUGUACACCGACAACAAGCUCGCUAUUUAUCAGGUGGACAAAGUGCUUGUUCCGCUUGACUUCGUUCUUCCAAAAGCCAAGGCUCCCUCGCCGGCGAAAGGAUUUUCGCCGAAAUCCGAUGAUAAGGGCUCAUCCGGCGGAGAAAUCGGGAAAAAUGGUAGCGGUGAUGACAUUGUUCCGAUAAUAUAUGCGUGA